AUGUCUCUCAAGGUCGUCGUCCUCGCCUGCGUGGCUGUCGUUGCUCUGUGCGACAAGGCCCCAGUCUACGCCCCUCCUCCCCCCGCCUACGCCCCUGCUCCUUACUACGCCCCCGAACCCGCCUACCACGCUCCCGAACCCGCCUACCACGCCCCUGCACACCACGAGCCCGAAUACCCUGAUGUGCCACCCAAGUACAACUACAACUACGGUGUCGCCGACGGUUACUCUGGCGCCAACUUCGGCCACACUGAUGUGGUUAAACUGGUUGUACCAAUGAGCUCGUUUCAUGUUAACAAAGUGGAGAGCCUCGGCUAUGUCGUCGUCCUCGCCUGCGUGGCUGUCGUCGCUCUGUGCGACAAGGCCCCAGUCUACGCCCCUCCUCCCCCUGCCUACGCCCCUGCACCUUACCACGCCCCCGAACCCGCCUACCACGCCCCUGCACACUACGAGCCCGAAUACCCUGAUGUGCCACCCAAGUACAACUACAACUACGGCGUCGCCGACGGUUAUUCCGGCGCCAACUUCGGCCACACUGAGUCCCGCGACGUCAUCAAGACACCAACGGGAAAAUAA